AUGAAAGUACGUAUUUCUCAGAGCUCUCCUCCUCCGUCACAAAUCUUAAGCGGAAACCAGAGGGAGCGCGACAGGGAAAGGGCUCAGGCGCGGGCCGCCCACAAAACCAAGAAUUCCAAAGAUGAUGGAUUGACCCCCGAGCAGAGACGAGAAAGGGAUGCUAAGGCUUUGCAGGAGAAGGCGGCCAGGAAAGCAGCACAAGCCUCUUCAGGAAAGAAUAAAGAAAAUGCAGGUGCUAAUAAUAUCAAGAAAAAAUAG